GGCUGGAGAAAUGUGGGGGGUGGGCUUCUCCUUGGCCCUGGCCGCCUUCCUACAGGUGGAGCUGGGGAUCGCCGCAGCAGAGAGUGGGGUCAGCCAGCCACCACAGUCAGAUCCCCCCUUUGCCUGGGACGAGACCCUCCCCGAAAUGAUGGUCAACUGGACCAAUGAUGCACCAGAGCCGGCACCCCCGGCCUGUCAUGGAGGGGAGGACUGCCCCCCCUGGAGCUCCUGCGAGGAGGACCACGUGGGACGCCAAAUUUGCCGCUGUGGGCUGGGCUAUCAUCUCCACCCCGUGUUUGGCUGUGUGCCAGUCAAAGUCUUCGCUGCCCAGUUGACGGUCUGUAACCUGGAGCCCCCAGAGUCAUCCUCCUUGCUGGUCGCCCGCCAGGUUCAGCGCUUGUUCCAGUGCCUCCUGGGCCAUUUGGACGGGUACCUGGACUCCCUGAUUCAUGCACUGAACCGGUCUGGCCAAGAGGUGACCAUCCUGCACCACUUUUCUGCUUGGGGUCCGGUUACAAGCCACAAGGUGGACAUGGCUGUGGACGCCUUCCGAGUGCAGUGUCACAGCAGCCUGCAGGGCACUCCGUUUUGCGACCAUGAAGGCGCCUACAAGGCCUUGAACCUCUGCCAGUUGAACGUCUGCGACCCCUUCUCGACCACCUGCUCCUCCCCAGAUGGCCUGGUCGGCUGCACCUGCCAUCCAGGCUUUUUCCGGGCACACGCCAUGGACCGCACAUGCACAGCUUGUGAGAGUGGAUUUUGGCUGCAGAACGGCACCUGCAUCAGGUGUCCCUUUGGCUUUGGAGGUGCUGCCUGCCAGGAGCCUCUCCUCCUGGCCCUGGUGGGGGUCUCCUGCUUUGCGGGUCUCCUGCUGUGGCUGCUGCUGGCACUGCUGCUCUUCCGAAGAGCUCCCCCUGCCCAGGAGACCCUUGUGGCCCUGCCACUCCCUCUCCGCUCGAGGGUCUUGAGCCUCCCUCGUGUGCAGCCGCCGGGGUCCAUGCCAGAGCUGGAAGACUGCCCCCCUUUUGUCCUUGACCCAGAGAGCUGGCUGAGCAGGACCACUUCUGAGGCGCUGGAAGGGCCUUCAAUCAAUCAGAAUAGAGUUGGAAGGGACCUCGGAGGUUGUCUAGUCCAACCCCCUGCUCAAGCAGGAGAGCUUUACAAUAUAACAGAAGGACAGAGUUGGAAGGGACCUUGGAGAUCUUCUAGUCCAGCCCCCUGCUCAAGGGCUGCAAGGUGGGUAUAUUACCUUCCUUUUAGACCAGGGAUGUCCAUACUUUUUAACUUUAAGACUUGUGGACUCCCCCCCCCCCCCGAAUUCCCCAGCCAGCAAUUUUGUUCACUUUGCUGAAAUCAAGAUAUAUUAUGUUCACUGCAUACCCACCAUCUACUAAUAAAAUUAUCCUAUAAAAUGUGAUAUAUUUUGUUCACUGCAUAUCCACCACCUGCUAAUAAAAAAGUGAUAAAAGAGUCUAUCCACAUUUGUUCUUCUUCUUGUGCUAUCCAUUUUGGUAAACCCUUGCUAACUGGGGAAUUCUGGGAGUUGAAGUUCACAGGUUUUAAAGUUGUCAAAGUUGGGAAGUCCUGCUUUAAAGCAAUCCAUUUUCUCGGCUGAAACCUUUUAUUUUUUUAACAUCUGGAAAUAGGUUGAUGUCAUUCGGACUCAAUUCAGAAUCUGGGUCAGAAAGCCAAGUACAGAAAUAAAUAUAUAUAAAAAGUC